AUGAGAAUUGACUACUUUACCGCCCUCAAAAAGACCAAUUGGAUCAAGUGGGUAUACAAAACCAAGUUCAAACCAACUGGAGAAGUGGAUCGUUUUAAGGCGAGAUUAGUUGUUAAAGGAUACAAGCAGAAGGGAGGUAUUGAUUACUUCGAGAAAAUUUGUCAAAUGGAUAUGAAAUCUGCUUUCUUAAAUAGUGUACUUGAAGAAGAAGUAUAUGUUGAGCAGCUUGCUGGUUAUAUCAAAAGGGGUCAAGAAAAUAAAAGAUGUCCAUGUGAGCAUACUUUAUAUAUUAAAUUCAAGCCUGGCGAAGAUAUUCUCAUUAUGUGCUUAUAUGUGGAUGAUUUAAUUUUUACUGGCAAUAAUCCUAAAUUAAUUUCUGAGUUUAGGGAGGCAAUGAUUAGCCAGUUUGAGAUGGCUGAUUUGGGUUCAAUGUCUUAUUUUCAUGGCAUUGAGGUAUCUCAAUUAGAUAAUGGAAUAUUUAUCUCUCAGAAAAAAUAUGCUGGUGAUAUUCUAAUGAGAUUUAAUAUGGAUAAAGCCAAACUAAUUUUGACCCUUAUUGAAGAAAAAUUAAAGUUGGUUAGAGAUGGGACAAGUAACUUUGUUGAUCCUACAUAUUUUAAAAAAUUGGUAGGGAGUCUAAGGUACUUGACUUCUACAAGGCCUGAUAUUACUUAUGGAGCUGGAUUAAUUAAUUCAUUUAUGGAGACUCCACGACAAUCCCACUUGCAAGCAGCAAAGAGAAUUUUGAGAUAUAUUCAAGACAGUGAUUGGGCUGGUGAUACGAUACAAAGAAAAAGUACUUCUGGCUAUGCAUUUUAUUUAAGUUCUGGGGUAUUUUCUUGGUCUUCCAAAAAGCAACAAGUUGUUGCUUUAUCAACAGCUGAAGCAGAGUACAUGGCUGCAACAAGUAGUGCUACACAAGCAUUGUGGUUAAGAAGAAUGCUUGGAUUUCUUCAACACAAGCAAGUCAGUCCUACAAUAAUUUUUUGUGAUAGCAAGUCUGCAAUUGAGUUAAAAAAGAAUCCAGUUUUUCAUGGGCGUAGCAAACACAUUGAUAUCAAAUUUUACUUUAUUCGUGACUUGGUUCAAGACAAAGAGAUAGUUAUUGAGUAUCGUAAGACUGGAGAGCAAGUUACUGAUGUUUUCACAAAGCCACUAAAAUUGGAUGUCACGACCCAAAAUCCCACCACAGGCGUCGUGAUGUCCAUUAGUCUCCAAGGCUAA